AAGGCCACUGACUUCGCCGGCCGGUCGGAGCGCUGUUUACGAACGCGCAAUUCUUGCCCUUUUUGCUUUUCUUAUUAUUUUUAUUCAUUUCUCGCCUUCCUUCUCUCCAACCAUCGCAGAAGUUCGUCGAUUCAGUGCUUCUCUUGGAUGUUGCUUGUGACACGUGGAUCUACUUGUUCUUCUCACUGGAUUCGACACGUGAUUUGAUAGUCCUCGUUCCUGCGCCAUCCGGUUGCUGGGAAGGAAUGCAAUAACCCUUGAAGAUAUGGGCAUCUAACCACCAUGUAGAUCCACAAAAAGAACGCGCAGAGUUCUACCCCUUCGAAGAAGGCGGAUGGCUUCCACACGGAAGCAAGUUGUCAUUAUGGACAUCUACAACGACGAGAACUGCAAUGGAGCAGCAGACGACGGAUGCAGUCCGCCACCAGGACUCGUCAAGCCGUCAGCCGGUAACCACCUGGACUUUGUCACCGUCGUGUCAGUCGAAGACAGCCCUCUUGUGCAAUCAGAUAACUACGUCACAGUUCUUCAAGUCAACGACGCCGAUGAUGAUAACGAUAUCGAAGAAAUAUUGGUGUAUCGAUUGCCAGGCGAGCGACUCGGGAUGGCUCUCAAGUUCGUCGGCGGGACAACGCCUGGCGACUUUGUGUCGCGUGUCUUCAUCCAGUCAAUCAACCCGGACAGUCCAGCCUCGCGUGCUCAGUGGAAGCUGUCGCCUAUCCGGGAGGGGGACGAGAUCCUGCAAAUAGGUGAUACGCCGGUGACUGCCACAACAAGAUUGGACUGCGUUACGCUGUUGCGAGACGCGCCUGUAUGCAUUAAGAUGGUAGUGCGGCACGCGAGUGGACCCGGGACGGACGUGCACGAGACUAAAGAGAGUCAGCAAGUGGAUCGGAAAAAGAGCCCGCCUCCAAUUCCGCCGAGGUCUUCAUCGUCGUCUGUUGUGUCGCCGCCGCAGAGGAGUGUGCGACAACACGUGGAGUUGUUUGAGAAACAGCAGAACGUGUCCGUGGAGAGGUCCUCUUCUCUGAAACGUCCGUCGAUUCCUCCACCGUUGCCCCCUAGGAGGCCCAAGUCUCACAGCUGCUCCGAUUCUGAAGAGGCCCCCUUUCCUGGGAUGUCCGUCAGUAUGCGCCUUCCGGGAUGGGAGGAACUCAUGAGGAAGCGUAACGGGGACAGGGGCGACCGCCCCAUCCAGCCUGACGUGUACGUUGAUCUCCUCGCGGAGGAGGAGCGUCGCCUCCUCGAGUCGGAGUCUGACGACACCGGUAGCUCUGUCUCCACGGUGAUCGAGAAAUUUUCGAGGACGAGCACUGCCAAUUCCAGCUUCUCCGAGCACACGCGACAGCAGAGUCUCGAACGGCCACCGUUUGAUCUCGAGAAGGUUCUUAGUCCUUUCGAACAACUUGAACGUGAACUGGAUGGUGAAAGGGAAAGCUCCGUGGACGAUGACUUAGCGGACUUUGUUGAUGAUCCGGGUAUACUAAACGACGGCAAAGACGCGUUGUGCGAGGUAUUUGGCUUGCCAGCGACGAUCGCGCCUCCGGAGUCGUUCCAGGAUAUGUCACAAAUGGCUCUCACCAAUGGAAACGACUCGUUCGACGGGGUAAGCUCUGAGGAAUCGGAUGAAAGUGACCCGCUCGAAGACGCUUUCCGAAGAAAUCGAAUUCAAGAAGAGAAGCCUUUGCCCGAAGUGAGAAAAGACGCGGACAGGAAGCAUGGACUUGCGGAGGCAGCUUUAGAUUCCUUGUUAAUGCCUACAUCAGACCGUACUGAAACUCCAGACCAGCGCGAAAGGGAACACGAUGCCAUAUCGGAGAAUUCAUGCCAAGCGUGUCCUGUAGAAGAAGUGAUAACGUACGUGGGGUCUCCAGACGCCGAAGAAAGACAUACAGAACCCGUGCAAGAGUUCACCACAACCACUGUGGUGUCAACCGUUCAGGGACUUAGUUUGGGACCUCAAAAUUCCUGCAGUGAGACCAUCUUAGUGACACAGGAGGUGCAAUCUACGUCUGUGGCUGGUGCGGCAGAGGUUGAGCUUUUGCGCACGUUCGCAUUGUGUCACGACCAGUUUACGAAAGACGUUUCGUCGGACGAAGAAAGUCUCCAGGUGUUCCAGAGCUCUGCUAGUGUUGUGGUUACAUCCGCAGCUCGGUCUGCUGUGAACGAGGCGGAGGGAUACGUCGAAAGCCCUGCACGAAGUUUCGAGCAGGACAACAGAGUCCAGGAAUGUCCAGAACAGGAGGAUCCACCCGCAGCGCCUGUACUUGACCACACGAAAGAGGACCUUCAACAUCCCGGUGAUGUAAGCGACACAGCUACCGCACAAGACGACAUGAUGCCUCCCAGCCCGACGCUGACGAGUAGUGAAGACAACGUCCAACAGACUGAAGAGGUGCAACAGGAUUCACCGAAGGACACGGCGGUGCCGGUAGCAAAGGAGCAGCAGUCGGAUUACCUCAGUGCCGACCUCCUGGAUAAGCUGUGUCAGUUGUCAGAAGAGGUGUCGCAACAGAAGGACAACGUCCAGCCGCAUGCUGUACCGUCCCUCGCCACCUGUGGAAGCGGGUUGAUAUCGAAGGCCGAAGAUGAGAAGAGUCAGACAGUCGCAUGUCGCGUGAAAGAAGUGGAUCAAGUGCCAGAAGAAGCAGAAACCUGUAUCGUCACCGAAACGUCCGAAGCAGUCCGUGACCAAAUGUCCACUUGCGAUUUUCCGGACGAGCCGUUCCCAUCACUGCAGAGACUUCCUCCAGACGGACACGAAUUCCCUCCUGCAUACACGGAGCCCGAUUUCAAGCAGGAGGAGCUUCCGCCGUCUCCAGUCCAAGAAGCCCCACGCAAGAAGGUCCUCUCCUCAAGCUACGAGGACUCGGGGAUCUUUACCGAUGAUCCUUUGUCUUCGCUUUCGAAUUCAGAAGGUGAAGAAAAGACGAAGUCAGUCAUGACGCCCGUCAGUCGGCAAGGUGACGGAGAAUCCAGAAUUGACAAAAACAACGCUGAUAACGCGUUGCUCCAUUCGCCGCCUCUGAAACAGGAAGAUGUCCAAGCAGAUGUCCUCUCCGCACCUACUACACCAGUUCCGGCGGCCCCGCCAAAAGUCGCUACUGCGUCUGAGAUAGUAGCUCCGGCAGCACCACAAUUCAGCAGCCCCUUGAUCAGGUCACCGGAGAAAAGGUCCAGCUGGAGUCUUGCAGAAGCUACUCAGAAGAGGUACUCUGGAAUGCUGGCAUCCAUGCUGGAAACUACCAAGUUCGGUACGACUAGUAAGCUGAAGGGCUUAAUCAUUCCAGAUAAGCCAAAAGUUCCCACAGGUUCCACUAAAACUUUGCCGGUUAUUGUUAGUAACGCUACGUGUAACGUACCAAAACCUGUGUCGUCAUCUGACGACGAAGGCUCAGUAAAACUCAGAUGUGAAAGGUCACAGUCUGUCAACUCCAGUGCCUUGCUGUCGGAACUGCCGUGGAAAUCUGAGCUUGCGGACGUGCCAAAGUACUCACCUGCGUUCAAACGUCGCUCUCUUCAAGUUUCAAAAUCGGUUGACAUCCCUCAGCCCGCGAAACCGAGUGCCACGUCCCAAAACGGUUUCCAGUUCUCCCUAUCUCACAGUAAGCCGGUGACACCUGUACUUCCAGAAACCCCAGUUAUGUCCCCUCCGCCAUUAAGUUGCGGGUCAUCGACGGAUGUGAGGUCCCGGUCGAACAGCACGUCUUCUUCUUUCUCUAGCUUGUCGUGCAGUGGACAUUUCAGUGACAAUGCGAAGAAGUCGAAGGCUGACCCUCUUGGACGGCUGGAUACGAUGGUACUGAACGGCACCGAAAAAGUACAAAAACCAACCACUUACGAUACGUCGGCAGCCAACGCUUCAAACGGAACAGCAGCAUACACGCAAUCACCCUUACUGGAAAGGUAUUUAUCGAGCUCCGCGUACGCGAACAAAACAAACAAUUGCGACGCUGCCGAUGCUGACAAGUCCACCAGCAGGCAUAGCACUGUCAACGGCGCAGCGUCACCUGAAGAAAAACCAGCUCUCAGUAGGCACAGCAGCAUAAACGGCAGCACGAUACAUGACGUUAGGAAUGGCGAGCCACCAAAACCUGCGCUUUCUCUGAACGGAGAUGCGUGUGUUACUAAAGGUGCAACGCUGCCCAGGAGUCUUGCAGAUAAUAAAGAGAGCUCAUCGUUUGCUUCCAUUGAGAUAAAGACUUCAGUUGUAAAGGAGGCACCUAUAGUUCCCUUGAGAUCGAACACCGCGAGAAGUGAAAUUCCAAGUGACGUCAGAAAAGCGCGUAGGGCAUCCGACAUUCUGCCCCUAAUGGAGUCCAAGUUUUCUUCCGUGGACGACCAGAGCUGGAACUACCGGACUAAACGCAGCUAUUUCGAUCCUUCGCGGAGGAUAAGCUCAGGAAGCGUAUCCAACUUGAAUCUGGAGCAGCAUCCCAGGAGCGAAUCAAAAGAAUCUGCAGGCGAAGCUUGGCAGAAGCAUUUGAGGGCUGGCCAGCUGGGACAGCAAAAGACAGUCUUAAAGAAACCCAUAGAGAGCGUGGAAAGCGCAAGAAGCUUCAAAGCUUUGGCGCAGAAAUGGGAGCAACGAUCACUGGAAUCACAGACCGUAGUCCCGACGCCCAACAAAAAAGACAUUGCAACGAAUGGAAAACUUCCCUUGCCGCUGCCUCCAAGGUUCCAGGAUGCAUCAAAGAAGACAACACCCGUGUCGAACGGCAGUAUUAACGGAAACGCCACCCAGGAUAUCCCGGUUAAACUACGUCAGACACGAGCUGCUGUCCCCAGACCCGCUUCCUUGAUUGAAGAAAGAGAUGUACGGAGAUUGUCUUUGGAUUGGAUCGAGCCGGCCUCUUCAGUUUACCUGCGCAAUUCUCCCUCUGAGAAGUCUGCAAGAGUGUACCGAAGCAACCGAUCUGCAGCACCGGUGCUCAGUGUUACAGAUAUUAAGAAAGCAUUCGAGGGUGAGUCGACAAAGGCUCCUCCAAGAACGCUGGCAUCUCUGCGCGCCAUGAGGUCGGAACAGCAGCCUCCUCUUCCGGAGCACCGCCGCUUCUCAUCCAUUGAUUCUAACGACUCCGGACACAGUUCGGCAUCUAGGGAACAGUACUCUUCAAUGACGUCCUUGGCAUCAACGAGCAGUUUAAUUUCGCCACAGGAAUUGCAACAACUUAUCGACGAUGCGAACCAGUCUCUGGAUGAAGCAGGGGCUGCUGGACACGACAUUCACGUCGUCAUCCUUCAUAGGGACUCUCCUACCAGUGGAUUGGGAAUCACGCUGGCUGGAGGAUCCGACUACGAGGCAAAAGAGAUCACGGUGCACAAAGUGAUUGCCGGAGGCCUGGCUGACCGAGAUGGCAGAAUUCGCAAGUCAGAUCGAAUCCUGUCAAUCAACGGGAAGACGAUGAAAGGCGCUACUCACCGAGAGGCCAUCGACAUUCUCAAGGCACCUCGACAGGAGGUCGUGCUGGUCAUCUCUCGGGAGGGUCGACAGUCUGUGCGGACAACGCCCAACAUAAGCCGGGCUUCCAGUCUGUCUUCCGUGCUUGAUGUCGUCGAUGACACUGAGGUGACUACGGAACAGCCACAAUGCAGCACGCCUACAAAGUAUGAAACAAUUACACUGGUAAAAGAUGGCCUUGGGUUAGGUUUCACCCUGGAGGGUGGCAAGGACUCGCCUCUCGGUGAUAGACCACUUGUGAUCAAACGGAUCUUCAAAGGAGGUGCGGCUGAACGAGAUGGUCGUCUCCAAAUCGGCAGCGAACUUAUUGCCAUAAACGAACAAUCCGUGGGAGCAAUGACAAGAACUGAGGCAUGGAACUACCUCAAGAAACUCGCCGAUGGCGCUCUCACACUACAAGUCAGUCGACGUACGUUGUAGGACCUCACACAGUCACAGAUGGACGCUACAUGUAGUGUAGAAAGUGCUUCGCAACGCUAGGCACCUCCAGGGGGUCGACUACUGGACUGCGCCGGUGUAUGCCAUAGCUCUCCACUGACACAGUGCCUUCUCGAAGAAGCAAACGCCUCACGUGCAUUUUGCAGAGACAUGACUGAGUUACGAAUUCUAUAGGCCCCGUGCUGCCGAGAGGAGUAUCGCGGGGGAUAGCCUUAUUCUGCUUUCUAGUUCCAGUGCAUUAAUGAUGCUGAUGUGCCUGAUUAUUAAGUGGAACUUACGUAUUCAUAACAAAACGUUGCGUGCAGAAUCGAAAGUAGAACGCUUCGGUGACCUGUUGGGGGGGGGGGGGGGGCAUGACGUGUCACGCGGUUCGAAAUGCAAAUCCUGCGUAAGCGACGCCUUCCAUAGACUACAGGGUUUAACCACAGGACGCCGUGCCAAUGCUUUGAGCGUGAUUUUGUCUUUCAUACUCAAGCCUUGCCAAGAACAUUUCGAGAGGUUCUAUAAGUGUCUAGGAUGUGUGCACUCUCUAUCUUGAACUAUGAAGGCCCAUGCCCGGUGAAACAGGAUGAGCCUGCGAGGCCUAUGGAGAUGGAAAGUAUGCUGACAUAUACGAGGCGCGUCAGCGCCAUAGAAUGGUUUAAAAGUACGCUAAUAUAUUGUUCUAUUCAAGGUAACGCUUAUUAUUCAGUGUUUCGUCGCUAGAGAGAGAGAUAGAGAGAAAUGCAUUUAAAUGAGAGCCGCGCGUGUACGCGACCUCGUAGGGACGCGCAUUUUUUUUUAAGGAAGCCGAAUUUGUUGGAAGACGUAGGUGAUGUAUAAAUAUAGGAAGAAAGGAAAUAGUUUUCGAAAGCUUUUCUUUUCUUUCAUUCUAUCCCCACAGACAAUGUAAUAUGUGAGCGCAAAUAAAACGAAAUAUUUUUUGUUUA